GCUCUGUUGUCCGCUGCCCAUGUACAGGGUUGCCUUUGCCGACUGCAGGCCAGCGCAAUGCUACCACUGCUCCAGCCACUACUGGUGGCGUUGCUCCUCUGCCUCAGUAUGCCGGUGCCCGGGGCCGCUUUCAGCCGUUCACACCCAAUACCGACACGAUCUAAUGACAUUCAGGAGCAGAAUGAUGCAGAGAAGCAGGGCGAGGACGAUUCAUCGGGAAUACUCCUCACCAGCAGCACCAAAGGUACGCUCUCUACCCAGGCGAGCAAUUCAAGUCCACUUUUGACGGAUAGCAUUCAGAAGAGCACUGAGAACGAAAAUCAGGACGAGGAUGAUUCGUCGGGCAUAGCCCUGAACAGCAGGUCUGAAGGCACGCUCCCCACCCAGACGAGCAAUUCGAGGCUGAUAACAACACAUAACAUUCAGAACGACACGGAAAACCAUUACCAGAACCAGGAUGCGGAUGAUUCGUCGGGAAUUAGUCCAACAAGCACCAGAGACACACUCCCCACCCAGACGAGCAGUUCGAAACUAAACAUGACGCAUAGCAUUCCGAACGACGCAGAGAAGCAGAGCCAGAACGAGGAUGAUUCAUCCGGUAUAGCCACCGGCAGCUUCACAGGCACAUUCCCCGCCCAGACGACCCCUGCUCUGCUCCGGAUGGCACCUGGAAACGUGACGCCUGGCUCCGCGAGCUCAACACCAACCAACCACGCCGACGCAAUGGCUACUGAAGGCCAAGACAUGAUCAGGACAACGACCCAGUCUCCAGUCGUAGCUGCAUCGACUAAUGAUAUUGUACCAACCGCAACCCAACCUACACCCUCAAUGACCGAUGGUGCUGCUGUGCCAACUGAAGACGGAACACCCUCCCGUGCCAGUGUGACCACUAGUCCGCUCACGAGAACACUUCCGGCACAGCCGACAGUGCCGCAGCUGGGAACAGGAAGUGUUAGCCCGUCUCAAUCGGACAAUGCCCGCAGAACCGGCGUGCCUGGUGGUGCUGCCAAUGAUGCCACGGCAACUCCCGCUAUCACGCCAACACCAGGUGCCAUGACAGUACCAGGUACCAUGACAACGCGCAUUCCAACAAUUGAUGCCAUGACCACUCCCGUUACCACGCCAACACCAGCUGUCAUGACCACAAGCAUUCCAACAACUGAGGCUUCCACACCGAAUCCCACCAAGGUCAGCUCUCACAUGAGCACCAUGGCAACUACAGUGUCCAAUAGUGGUGCUGCAAGCACGCUGCCUAAUGGCCUUCCAAGCACCCUGCCGAAUGGCGGUGCAACCACUGAAUCAAUUGGUGCUGCAACUACAUUGCCCAGUGACAUUGCAAGCAGUCAGCGUAUGUCUGGUACACCGGCAGUGAAUGCCCCAACCACGAGGGAGGCGGGACCAACGGCGCCCCCGACUGACCGCAGCCACACGUCGUCCGCGAUACGUACUGACGGCCCUCUGACUACAGCAGCAGUGGCAACUCUGCCUUCUUCUCCCAAUGGAGCGAUCACACAAGAUAUAAUGAGCAGUACAAGUGUCACAGAAAUACUCACUUCCUCAGCGACUACGGUUCCCGGUUUAAUGGACAGUGGCGGUAUCUCAGCAAGUGUAAUCAUAGGUGCGGUUGCUGGUGCAGUUGCUCUCCUCCUUUUGCCGGCAAUCGUCCUGCUGAUUCGUGCAAGGCGCUCCCAUCAAAGGCGCAAGCUGGUCUUACGUAUGGGUGGACAUGGCCAAUCACAGUCUGGUGGCCACUCGAACCAAGUCCAGCACCGGGAUAGACACAACCAGCAGAGUCGCAGCAAUAGGGCCAACAGACCCCUGCCGCUGCUCAACCGUUACCAGAGCCUUCACUCUCUGGUUAACGAUAGCCGUGGUGGUGGUGAUGGUGGUGGUGAGGCGGCUGCGAGUGUAGACGCCACCAAUGCGUGCGUGUAUUCGUCCGUGGGUGAACCGGUGCAAGAAGCGGAAACCAGUGGAGAGUGGGACAGACAGAGCUUCGAGCCGGCCCGGACAAGAAAUGACAGCACGUUGGAGUCGAGGGAGUUCAUGGAUGUCCAGCUGGGACCGUCGCCAGUCAUCGUGCUCAGCCCAAGACUGUACGGUAACAACAUGGACGAAGAUGAUGACGACCAUGAAUACACGCUCGGCUACGCAAUGUCGCCGCGCCGACGGCAAGAAAGAGAGUCGAGUGUCACUGCGGUUGAUGCGAUUGUUCGGCCCUUGCGGCGGUCUCGCACGCAAACGGCCAAUAGCGUGCCGACAUUUUGUCUUCCAAGCGGCAACACGGCACAGCAUGGCGACGCUGGCAUGCGAGGCAUGAAGUCGGCUCUCGGAAUGGACACGGAAUCGGAAGGCAGAACUGCUGUGGGUGUGCGUAAUGACACCCCGCCACCGGGACAUCUGGUCCCUCCGGCUUUACCCGGCGCCGAAGCGUACUCCACAACCUCCAAGUUUGAUGGCAGCGCUUUUCCGUCCGGCACUAGUGAACGAUCCGUGGCGCAGGCCAACGAAGCCAUGACAAUGAAGCACACUCCAACCCCCAAGACGGACCUGGAUGUGACGGCCGAAAGCCUUUACCUUCAGCCAUUGCCGUUCAUCACACAGGACGAGACGGACAGGACCAACUACGAGAGCAUGUCUUCUUCUGACCCGGAGGAGCACCUCCGAGCGACGGGCGUCCACGCGGCGCAGGUUAGGAACAUGAUCGCUCUGGUUCCCGCCGGGACGAAGAUGGUGAGUGAAGACCUGUUGCCCGGCUGCGCACACUCUGGCGGCAUCUCAGCCGACAGCUCCACGCCCAGCAUGAUAUCCACAGGAUCGCACACGCUCGGCGACUGA